CAUCAGAGACACUAGGACCCAGCGAGUCUCUUCCCUCCUCAUCAGGCUCCCUUAGUUCCAGAGCUCAGUGAGCGGUCUCAGAACAGAGUGCAAAGAGAGAGAGAGAGAGAACGAGGGAGGGAGAGAAAAAAGCCAAGUGAAUGUUAGAGUCCACUGUGGUCACUGCUGAAAUACUGAAUCUGAGAGAAAUGGAGGGAUUAACCAGUCGGAUUUAAAAAUCUGGAGCUCAUGCAGAGGCAGCCAAUCAGGGGACGAUCUGGAUUAAAAGGUUUGUGUGUGAUUGAUCAUUCUUGCUGUAAUCUAUCAGGGCUUUCUGUUUUGUCAGGAGUCAGCCGGCGUGCAAGAGCGUUCGCGGGCAUAUAGACACUGCUGGGAGCUCCUGGCUGGAGCCUUGGUCUAAAUGGGUCCGGUUAUGCCUCCCAGUAAGAAGCCGGAAAACUCCGGGGUCAGCGUUGCGAGCGGCCUGAGCCAGUUCUAUCAGGCGAGCUCCAUCACGCGCGCCCUGCAGGAGGCCGAGGAGAUGGACCUGGCUCUUCCCACCAUCAAACUGGAGAAGGGCAGCAUGGAGGACGAGGAACUCACCAACCUCAACUGGCUCCACGAGAGCAAGAACCUGCUCAACAGCUUCGGUGACCCUGUGCUGAGGAGCGUCAGCCCCGUCCAGGACUUGGACGAUGACACCCCGCCCUCCCCGGCCCACUCGGACCUCCCUUACGACGCCAAGCAGAACCCGAACUGCAAACCCCCUUAUUCCUUCAGCUGCCUCAUCUUCAUGGCCAUAGAAGAUGCCCCCUCCAAGAGACUGCCAGUUAAAGACAUAUACAACUGGAUCCUGGAACACUUCCCUUACUUUGCCAACGCCCCCACGGGGUGGAAGAACUCAGUCAGGCACAAUCUGUCCCUCAAUAAGUGUUUUAAGAAAGUGGACAAGGACAGGAGUCAGAGUAUCGGGAAGGGCUCCCUGUGGUGCAUAGACCCAGAAUACAGACAGAAUCUCAUCCAGGCGCUGAAGAAGACGCCUUAUCAUCCUUAUUCCCAGGUGUUCACCACGCCUCCCACCUCUCCUCAGGCAUAUCAAAGUAUGUCCAGUCCUCCAAUUUGGCCAGGAAGUCCCUUUUACAGAAAAAACAAGGGAGUCCUGCUACAAGUCCCUCAGGGAGUGAUUCAGAACGGAGCUCGAAUGAUGAGCCAGGGCCUCUUCCCAGGAAUCCGACCCCUUCCCAUCAACCCCAUUGUCAGCAGGACAGCCGCUGUCAGGUCAGUACUCGGAUACAGAAUAACCAGUGAUGGCGAGCCCACCUGUAACUCUCCACUGUUCAGCAGCGACCCCAAGGAUGACCACACCUACAGUUUUGCCAAAUCUUCCAGCUCGGAUGUCGAAGAAGAGGCCCACUGCGAUGGAAGCGAGGUGAGCUUCCACGCCAACGAGGCCGGCAGCGAUGCCGAGGAGGACGACAAGAGCAAAAUCAAGAAGGAGCCCAAGGAAUGGUCCGUGGAUGCCCUCGCUCUGGCCCAGCACAAGAAAUGGCAACAUUUGACGAAAGUCAAACAGAGAGUGGCCAGUGACACUCUUCCUCUAAAAAAGAGGCGCACGGAGAAGCCUCCGGAAAGUGACGACGAGGAGAUGAAGGAGGCGGCCGGAUCCUUGCUUCAUUUGGCGGGAGUCAGGGCCUGUUUGAACAAUAUCACCAACCGGACGGCAAAGGGGCAGAAAGAGCAAAAAUAAUGAACUGACUGUAUUAUAAAGAGA